CUUUUCUCUUCGAAACAGGCUUAUAUUUCGCAUGAAAAGGGCACAUAAAUUGAAGAAUGUGAGGGAUAGACUGGAUGCCAAUUCCAGGGAGAGAUCUGAAUUCCACUUGAGAGAGGGAGUUAUAAACAUGGAAGUUUUUGAUGUAGAAAAAAGACAAACUAGCUCACUUGUGAAUGAAAGUGAGAUUUAUGGAAGAGAUGAGGAAAAAGAAAAGAUCAUUGAAGUGUUGCUCACUAAUGUGUCUGAUCAAGAUAAUCUUGCCAUUUAUGCUGUAUGGGGGUAUGGGGGGCUUGGGAAAAACAACACUUGCACAGUUAGUCUACAAUAAUAUAAGGGUGGAGACGCAUUUUGAAUUGAGAAUUUGGGUGUGUGUAUCAGAUGAUUUUCAUAUAAGAAGGUUGCUAAAGGCAAUCUAUUGAUCGUGGUGCAAGUAGUAUCUCCAAGUUGGAUCCACUACAACAACAGUUGCAAGAAAAAUUGCGUGGGAGAAAAUUCUUACUUGUAUAGUUGUAUUGGACGAUGUUUGGAAUGAGAACCAAGAGGAAUGGGACCGCCUAAAACAACCAGAGUCUCAAAGUUUUCAUCAUUUUUUUCUUAACCUAUGUACCCAAUAGAACCAAUCUUUACCAAAUGGGUUCUGCUUCAGAGCUAACAGUUGCUGCUAGAGGCAUGAGACACAUUUUACACCAUUUACAACAACUAUUUACACUCAAACUUAAUUAGUUUGACACCAUUUACAACAACUAUAACAAAAUCAUGCCUACAAUCGGAUAAGACACAUUUUACACAAACCCAGAGACAUCACUGAAACACCACCACUCGAUUUGCCAAAACCCCCAAUCAAAACCCCAAGCACAUUUAAACUCAUUAAUGAGAAAAUAAUCAUUGCAGCAUGUAAAAGACAACAAAAUUCUCAUUAAUGAGAAAAACCACACAGACAUAACCAUAUAGCAAGAAAUACUUUAGAUCAUCAUCAUUGCAGCAUAUAAAAGACAACAAAAUUCUCAUCUUGAUUAGUAAAUUUACUAGUUUUUAAGUUUCAACAAAAUAAUCAAAAUCCCACAUAAAACACAACCUAAUAUUAACCAAGAUCAGAAAAGAUAUCAGAGGAGAGGACCGUACCUAUAAUCAACGACGGCGGGAAGCAGCGAUGACGGGAACCAAUGACAACUGAUGGAGACUGGAACCAACGACGACUGAUGGAGACUGGAUAGGGAGAGUGAGACUGAUGGAGAGUGAGGAAGAGUGGGGAAGCUUGAUUGCAGAGCGAGCAAGAGAGAGUGUAGAGAGAGAGUGAUGGCAGAGAGCGAGGGAAAGAGAGUGUAUAGGGAGAGAGAGUGAGUGAAUAGGCGUUGUGAGACGUUAGGGUCCUAUUGAUUCAAACCGCUGAAGAAAACUCGAUUUUACGCUUCCCAAGUUAUGAACGUCUACACAAACAUUUUUUUAUUGGGAAAAACCCACGUCUGCAGCGCCAACAUGGCACAAAGGACGUCUGACUAACUCGAUCAUAGAAAUAUCGAGUUCUUCAUAAAAACUCGACUCUCAUAUUGUCGAGUUACAAAAGAGAAGCAUUCCUUCAAUUAAUUUGGGAAAUGGGGCAAAAGGAUGUUUAAUUUGCGAGAAAAAGGCAUUUGCCCAUUUUGUCCUAUCUCAAUCAAAGUCCUUUACUCGUUUUGGUUUUCAAUGGCAUGUCAAAUGAAGAAAAAAUUGUUGCUUCUGCUACCUGUAUUGCUGGUAUCGAACUUGCAACCUUGUGUUAAUGGAACACAACAAGUGCCUUGUUUCUUCAUUUUUGGGGACUUAUUGUCUGAUAAUGGGAACAAUAACAACCUUGUGACUAAGGCAAAAGCCAAUUAUCAGCCAUAUGGGAUAGAUUUUCCUGGGGGACCCACCGGAAGGUUUACUAAUGGUCGCAAUCUUGUCGAUAUCAUUGCUGAACAUCUGGGUUUUAACAAUUCCAUCCCACCUUUCGCUACAGCUAGUGGUCAAGAAAUACUUAAGGGGUCAAUUAUGCAUCGGGUGCAGCGGGUAUUCGCGAGGAAACAGGACAACAACCGAUUUUGCAUAAUCUUGGAGCAUUGAAGGUAGUUGGGUCUAUUAGGGUAUACUCCAGUUGAACUCACUAUGUGCGGUACUAAUUCUUCAUGUGUGAACAACAUCUUCAAUGCAGUCACACUUUUCAAUGAUUGGGUUGUCACAUUGGUGAAUGACUUCAAUAAUAAUUUGACCAAUGCUAGAUUUAUCUACAUAAACACUACUGAAAUCACUCAGCAGUUCUACGUCUCAAGGCAAGAUUUCCUAAUCAACUUCUAGCACUCUUUCUAUCUCUUUCUCCAUUUUUAUAUUACCAAUUACUCCAAUAUUUUAAGCUGUUACAAAAUAGUGAAUUCAAUCAUUUAAUUAACACGUGCAAUUUUUUUAUUUAAGAAAAUGUGGUAGAGUGAAGAUUGAGUUUAAACCUAGAAUUAUUUGCUCUGAUACUAUAAAAAAUUACAGACUAUUCAAAAAUAGUUUAAACUAUUAGGAAAUGUUGAAUUUAUCAUUUAACCACCUCUAUAACAAUUUCUGUAGCAGGUUCCACAAUUUACAAAUGUUCCUUGUUGUGAAGUGAUAAAAAAUCGGCAGCCACAAUUCCAAUGCAUUUCUUUGGGAACCGCGUGUAGCUAGUAAUAGGAGCCUAUAUUCAUUUUGGGAUGCAGUUCAUCCAACUGAAGUCGGAUAUUUGUUCUAUGAGGGAAGAGCAUAUAGAGCUAUGUCCCCAGUUGAUGCUUAUCCAUAUGACAUCGAACACCUCGCUCAGAGCUAAUGAACAAGAUGAUGUGGGAAGAGAAUUCUCAAAUGAAUGCUUACAAUAUUGUUACUGUAAUUUCUUUUGUGAUUAUCCCGAAGUUGAUACUAAGAUUUAUGUUCAAUAAUUGUAAUAUAAAUGACCUUGCUCACAGACAAGGCAUCAUUAUCCAAAUGUUAUAUUACCAUCAAUAAAAUAAUCAAUCAUACGAUUGCGAUAUGUUCAAACAAAAUUGUGCCCUA